AUGUCUAACCCAACACAACGUUUGCCCAUGGAGGUUUCGUCGCUGGCAUCGAAAUUCGAGGUCGAGCCCGAAAUCGCCUCCCUCUCCACCACUCUGGCAGUUAGCCGGCCAGCCACCUCCGCCCUGCACUUCCCCUCCACUUCUCCCGGCGGCACCCACCACCCCGAACGGAAAGCAUGGUACAAGGCCGAGCACAGGAAGCAGAUCUGGGAGCGCGCAACGCCGACCAAGGUCGCUAAACCCAUCUGCGUGGUGGUGCGGUACGGCAAUGUGGUGUGGCAUGCCAAAGUCGGCGAGGAGACGUACAUCUACUACCUAAAGGGCGGCGGGAUGGCUCGAGGGCUGAUGGGUCUCAGAAUCAUCUAUGGCGGGCGCAGGCUCAAGGAUUGCCAGCAGAUCCGCGACACGGGGAUCGAGUACGGAGACGAGGUCGAGUGUUCCGUCGACUACGGUGGGGACAGCCCGGGCUACUAG